AUGUCGAAAGAAGAAAUCGGCACCCUUGGUGAUUCACAGCGCACCAAGGUCGACGUGAAGGGGGGGCAACAUCCGAUGUGGGACGAAGAGCUACGCGUCCCCAUUUUGAGAGACAGUCACGAGAAGCAUCGCAAGUUGGAGGUCUCCUGUUGGGCCAAAGAACCAAGGAAAGAAAGUAAUCUAGGCACGGGAUUCAUCGAUCUCGCGGAGACUCUCAAGACGGGUGAAUUCGAUGAUUGGGUCCCUCUCGAAUACAACGGAUCGACCCGUGGCGAGGUUUAUCUUGAAAUGACUUUCUAUUCCAAUGGACCGGCGCCUGCGCCCACAACUAGCGGGCUUUCUGUGCCGAAAUCGAAUUUUCUACAACGACGACCAUCCAAGCUUUCUCCGUCUGAGCGACUGGCGCGUCCCAGCAGUAACCAUGAAUCACUGCCUCUAGUGGUGUCAAAACACGACCAUGAAGACCACGCUCCAUCGACCUAUGCCGGGUCUCCAGCUCAUCCAGGUCGCUCGCCGCCCCGAACCGGACGGAACUCUCCUCUGCCUCCCCUUCCAGAACAGACUGCAGGUCUUCCGCUGCCAAGCACGCUCAUGCCAGGCAAACCGCACACUGCUGCCGGCACUCCCGUAUCCCUGACCCCGCAUGUGCCAUCUAUUCUACGGCCGCGGAACCCCAAGUCAUCGCCGACCCCGAUCCCCGGGCCAGCAACCGAAUACCACGGUGUGGUCCCGGCUCAGAGUGGCACUCCAUCGAGAACAUACACACCUGUUGUUCCGGCGCCCGACGAUGCAUAUCGACCUGGAACGUCUCCGCCUGGCCCCAAACUCGAUAUCUGGAGCCCGGAGUCCGGCCCCACCAAUCCACCUGGCCCAGCUGGGUUCUCGUUCCCUGUUCCCACCGUACAGGGUGGGCGCCAACCUAGUGUAGAAUACUCUAGCCCUAGUCCCCCGAUCCCCGGAGGCUACCCUUCUCACCAACGACAACCAUCGGUGCCGUACCAGCAGCAACAGCAGCCGACGUCGCAGCAAUCCAACCCGAUACCUGCACAGACACCGAGCUACCAGACGCCUCCCCCGGCUCACUUCCAGCCCCAGCAGCAACCCUCCUACUUCCCACCGGCGUCCCCGUAUCAGCAGGGACUCUCAACCCAGUUCCGGGGCCCAAGUCCAUCCUUCCAGCCACAGCCCCGGAGCGAACUACCAGACCCCUAUCUCUCCGCACGAUAUCAGUCGCCUCUGCCCCUUCCCCCAGGUGCUGAGGCUUCCACUCAGAAAUCUGCGCCGGCGCCACAGCACGAUCCAGACAAUGCCCGUGUACAAGCAAUGAAACAGGCUGAAGAAGAGGCCGCACGCAAGAAAUCUGCCGCGCAAGAGGCUGAACGAUUGCGGGCUGAGACAUUGCGAAAAGAGGAAGAGCUUGCCAUGAAGCGAGAGGCCGAAGCCGAAGCUGUAAGGAAGAGGGAACUCGAGGAGGAGGAGGAGAAAGCUAGGCGAAGGGAAAUCGAGGCCGAGAAAACCCGGAGAGAGGAAGCUGAGCGCAAGAAACAGCGCGAAAUGGACGAGGCCAGGUUGAAAGCGCUAAGAGAAGCAGAAGAGAGAGCGGCAAGGAGGAAAGAACAAGAAGAUCGGGAACGUGCGGUCGACGAGGCCCGUUUGCAAGCGCUGAAAGAAGCAGAGGAGAGAGCAGCCAAAAGGAGAGAACAAGAAGAGCGUGAUCGUGCUUUGGCCCGUCAAUUGGACCUGGAAUUCUCAACGGAACCUCCACGGCUUGCUCCAGAACCUGUCCAGGACAAUGCCCGCACUCGUGCCUUGCGUCGGGCCGAAGAAGAAGAGAAACGUCGCAGAGAUCAAGAAGAGAAGGACAUGGAACUAGCCAGACAGCUGGAUCGCGAACUGAACCUAGGCAUUAGCGGGCAGUAG